AUGUUUAGUGAAUUUGACCCAAUUGAUAUAAUCGAUGAAGAUAUUUAUAAAGACAAACAAAUUGAUAAAAAAAUUAAAGAUUCAAAUAAUAAUAUAGAAAUAUAUACUCAUCUUAACCUAAAUACUCCUACUAUGAAGGGAA